AUGGCGGCGCCACCUCGACAUGCGACAAUGCUAUCCAUCAGCAAUGGGGACAAACCAGCACAGGCUCAACCUCAAACACAACAGACCACACUACCACAAUCCCCAGGGCUCCGUGUACCCUCCAAUCGCAAGACCAUUUACGACCGACACCUGAACCGCAGUCGCAAUGCGGAGUCCAGCAGGGCAAGCUUCGCCUUUCUCUUUGGGGAGAUGGUCACAUACGCCCAACGGAGGGUAACCGGCAUCCAAGAUCUAGAGAAACGUCUCAACGAACAAGGCUACCCUCUCGGCCUCCGUCUCCUCGACCUCCUCUUCUACCGCUCAACCUCGACAUCCUCAUCCGCCCUCUCAAGCUCCUCAACUUCCUCAUCACCCCCGAACAGACCCCUCCGCAUCAUCACCCUGCUACAUCUGAUCCACGGUCCUCUCUGGCGCCUCCUGUUCGGCCGUGCCGCAGAUGCGCUCGAACACUCUGUGUCCCCAGAUACCCCGAAUGAGUACAUGAUUACAGACAAUGACCCACUGGUCAACACGUAUAUUAGCGUGCCGCGGGAAAUGAGCAUGCUCAACUGUGCGGCUUUUGUCGCUGGUAUUAUCGAGGGUGUCUGUGACGGAUGUGGCUUCGAGACCAAGGUCUCUGCCCACAAUCAGCCCACGGAUCUGUGGCCCAGUCGCACGGUGUUCCUGGUCCGGUUUGGAGAUGCUGUUAUGGAGAGAGAGAAGGUGCUAGAACGGUCGGGCGUCAAAUAA